AUGCUCGCACACUUCAUUCUCUAUUUUGCCUUCCUAUCGCUGCAGGAAGGAUGGUUGAUCUUACAACCUAGAACUUACAAGCUCUCCAAGCCACUUUCCGCGGCACUGCAACAAAUCUUCCCUACUACUGAUACUGAUGCAGUGCUCCCUUUUAGAGGUCUCAAUAUCGUACUCGCUGGUGAUUUUUAUCAACUUCCCCCAGUCGGUCAACGUCCUCUUUAUUAUAACAAGAGAUUGCACACUCUUGAGGAAAUUCAUGGGCGCCUUCUAUAUCAAACUUUCAACACUACAAUUCAGCUUAAUAAAGUCCGACGUCAGACUGAGACUGGCGCAAAUGCCCGAGCUUUUCUUGAAGCUCUUCAACAUCUCUGGGUAGAUGAAUUAACCCUUCAAGACUGGGAAAUACUCUGCACCCAUGUGCAGGCAGUUGUGCCCAAUAAGGUAGAACGCUUCAAGGAUGCAAUUUGUAUCUACUCUAGGAAGGCACAGGUGUAUGAGUUCAACCAUAAUUGUCUACGAGAUAUUAGUGCUCCUGUGCUUCGAGUUCCAGCUACCUAUCAAGGAUCUAGAGCAGCCCAAGCUUCCACUAACGAAGCAGGAAAUCUUCACGCUAAAAUCCAUCUAUCUAUUGGUUGCCGUGUGAUGCUAAUAGAGGAUAUAUGGAUAGAGCAUGGUCUGGUGAAUGGGGCUUUUAGUAUGAUCAUAGAUAUUAUUUGGGAAGCUGGUAUUACCAACCCUCGAGAGAUACCUCCGUACGCUCUUUUGAUCCAUUUUGAUACUUACAAUGGUCCCGAAUACAUCACAAUCAAUGAGAAAAAAGUGGUCCCAAUCUUUCGAUCAAAGCGAGACUUCUCAACGAAUAAUAUCAACUGUUCUCGCAUUCAGUUCCCAAUUACUGUUGCUUAUGCUAUGACAAUUCAUAAAGCGCAAGGUAUUACUGUACCCAAAGCUGUUCUGAAUAUUGCAGAAAAGGAUUUCACUAUUAGCCUUACCUAUGUAGCUCUUUCACGCGUUAAAGCACUUAACGGUGUCCUUUUCGAAGAGCCUUUCAACUAUCAACACUUUGUGCGUAAGAAGCCCCAUGAAUCAAUAGUUAUGAGACAAGAAGAUGCCCACUCUCGUCAUGAGCAACAUGUUUUUAUCCCCUCUCCGGUACAAUUGCACUUUGAUUAUAUCCCUCUACCACCUCAAUUACCGUCACAGAUUCCUCGGAACUAUUUCCAAGCUUUGUUAGCUACUGAGUCCUCUCCCCAGCGUGGUUCCUCGGUCAUUCCCCGUGGCUCGUCCCACACUCCUCCUAACGAUGAGAUUGCAUAA